CCUGAGGCCUGUGUGGCCUCAUGCUGAGUGAUAAUGUGGAACAGUCUCACCUUCAGCAUCGCCUUCAUAUGUCAGGCUUUUGCACAAACGGACAUGGUGAAAGAAACACGGAAAUACAUAUAUGGAGCCAUAUUUGACACUGUUUUAUUGCAUGGAGAUAUGAAAGAAGUUAAAAACGGCCAAAAAAUACAGUGGUCCUUUAUUGAUCGUGCACAUAAAACCUUAAUAUCGUUUCAUCAUGUCGGUUCUGAAACUCCUACUAUGUCGUCAUAUUAUCAACAUCGAUGUACAUAUUACCCAACGAAUGGAAGCCUGGAGCUGCAGCGGUUGGAGAUUUCUGACAGUGGUGUUUAUCAACUGAAUGUAGAAGGAUAUUACAGUGAUUCACCAGAAAAACUAUAUAGUUACUUAAUAUUUCUAGAGGUUGAAGGAAUACAGUUUCUCCACAAACGCAUUCUUCUCAGCUCUGUCAUUGCUGUGGUCAGUACAAUGAUGUCCUUUGCUGCAAUUUGCUUCAUCAUUUUCUUUUGCAUAGAAAAAUACAAAGGUCCGAAACAGCAAAUGUGGCUCACUAUUGCUUUUCUAUUCAUUGAAAUGAAGUGCUACAUGUGUUUGCUGAUUUCUUGUAUACUGUGCGCCUUGGAUACAGAUAUUUCACUAGCAUUCCGAGUGAUUUCAGGAAUGGUAUUUUGCAUAAUCUUGGGAUUGACUGGCUAUAUUGUAUUCCUUUACCUCCAUCCCCACAGGGAAGACAUAGGUUCAUUUUUGCUCAGGAAACGUGAGUUUGAACUUCAUAAUGCUGCUGUCUGUGCCUAA